GAUCUUCCUCGGGUCAUUAUUUCAGGAACGAGGUGAAAAACUCGUCAGUGGCGGCGGUGGUAGGGCGCGCUGGCGGUGUGAACCAUGGCGCAUCCUACUUCCUCGAAGAAAGGAAAUGUAGCCAGAAAUCACCGUAUUAGCAGCAGAAACGGGGCCGAGCGGUCGGCGUACUUCGCCAGGAGGGAGGCGGCGGGGGUAUUGCGGCGGGUGAUCCAGGACGACGCCGCCCGCCGCGCCACUGCUUCCAUCAAAUCCCUCGUUUACUCUCCCUCUGUACGCAAUAAGAAAGCUACCUUCGCCCUUGUCUGCCAAACCCUCAAGUGUCUACCAGUUAUUAAAGAUGUUUUAGUUGCAACUCAAAUUCUAAAUAACAAGUGGAAGAAGCAAGCAGAACUGGUAUAUGUGACUCUCUAUGAUAUUCUGUUUGGCCAGGAAAUAGCAAUGACUGGUGCAGUUGAGAAAUUUCUUACCCUUCACAAAAAUAAGCUAGAAUAUGCUUUGGCAAAGAUUUGUGCAAAACGGAAAGUCAAGAAGAUUGAAGAUUUACUCCAAAAUAAUUGUGUUCCUGUUGCUUGUAAACCAAGGUAUAUACGGAUAAACACACUCAAAGUGGAUGCAGAAGUUGUGAUGCAAGAGUUAGGAAAAACAAAUAUAAUGGUUUCAAGGGAUGACAUUAUUCCAGAAGUUCUAUCACUUGCAUCCGGUAUUGAUUUGCAUGAUCAUCCUUUAGUUUGUAAUGGAAGCAUCUUUUUACAGGGAAAAGCAAGCUCGAUGGUGGCAGUUGCUUUAAAUCCUAUACCAGGCUGGAAGGUUCUUGAUGCUUGUGCGGCUCCUGGAAACAAAACCGCCCAUCUUGCAGCACUUAUGAAAGGGCAGGGUAAAAUCAUAGCAUGUGAGUUGAAUGAGGACAGACUUAAAACUUUAGAAGAGACAAUUAGACGAUCCGGAGCUUCUAAUGUGGAUGUCAUGCAUGGUGAUUUUUUGGACAUAAAUACGACAGCUCCUCUCUUCAAAGAGGUCCAUGCCAUUCUAUUAGACCCAUCAUGUUCUGGAUCUGGAAUUUCAGCAGAAAGAUUAGAUCAUCUUCUUCCAUCUUAUGAAAAAGGCGAGGAUGCUGAUGCUUGCAAGAGUGACAGAGUAAAGAAGCUUGCUGCUUUUCAAACAAAAGCUCUUUUGCAUGCACUCUCAUUUCCUGCAGUCGAAAGAGUUGUGUACAGCACAUGCUCAGUUUACCAAACAGAGAAUGAAGAUGUGAUUAAAUCAGUCCUCCCUUUUGCAAAGUCGCUCAACUUUGAAUUGGUGUCUCCUUUCCCACAGUGGCCUCAUCGUGGUCUACCCGUCUUUGAUGGUGCCGAGCACUUGUUAAGGACCAAUCCAAAAGAAGACACAGAAGGAUUCUUUAUUGCAUUAUUUGUCAGGAAAUCUGAGAAAAUAAACAGAGGGAACAGGUCAUCUUCGGCCAAGAAGCUUAAGAGACAUAAUAGAUACAUGCCUUAUCCCUUUUGUAAACUAUCAGCAUUUUGGUUCCAUAAACGAUUGAUGAGGCAAGGAUCUAAGAAAAAUGAAGCACUGAAAUGGUAGUUAGACUACCGUGCUUAAAUCCUGAAGGCCAUCCUACUACAAUAUGUUCUUAGUGAUCGUAUUAACUUAUUGCCCAGCUAGAAUGGAGCCUUUUUUGCUCAUCUAACUGAAUUCGUUGUAAGAUGAAGCUUGUUGCAGUGGCACAGAGUUCUUUUUCUCAAGCCUCUUUCAAUUUUCAUGUCUUCGGCAUGUCUUGUAUGCCUGUGGUAAUUGCAGUUGUAGGGUGGAUUUUUAUUUUUUUAAUAACAAGUGGCUAUUUGAUACUGUUGGAUAAGUUUAGAGAUUAUUUUAGCAUUUUAUAGAUUUAAA